AUGAAGGACGAGACGAUCGAGUACGUGGCGGAGGAUCUGGACGCGACAACCACGCUGGAGGAGGCCAAAUCUAUCAACAGCGAUGAUGCCCUGCUCAUGUCCAUGGGCAAGAAGCCCGAGUUGCGACGGGUUUACAAUUUCUGGACGCUAUGCGCAUACCAGAUCAUGAUAUCGUGCAGCUGGUCGUGUCUGGUGGUCCUUUACUCGACCAUCUUCGACGUUGGAGGCCCGUUUGCUCUGAUCUGGGGCACGCAGACUCUCCUUAUGAUGUCCUUGGCUGAAUACUGCACCAUCUGGCCGACAGCAGGGGGUCAGCAAUAUUACGUCCAAGCCGUGGCAACCGGCAAGCUUCGUCCCAUCUUGUCGUACCUCGUGGGCUGGGCAGUCAUUGUGGGCGAAAUCAGCACGGGAUCGAGCUGUGCGAUCAACAGUGCUCAAAUCAUUGCGUCGUUUGUCGAGGUCACACAUCCGGAUUUUGCAUGGAAGCCCUGGAUGACAUGGAUCAUCUAUACGGGAUUUCUUAUCGGUCCCAUCGUCAUGAACUUGAAGCAGUCAUGGCUUCCGGGAAUGAACAUGGUUGGCGCCAUCUGGACCAUCGCUGGCGGUGUCGCGUGGGCCAUUGUCUUUGGCGUCAUGGCACCCAAGCACGACGCCAAGUUCAUCUUUACAAAGUUCAUCAACAACUCGGGCUAUACCAGUGCUGGUUGGGUCUUUAUCAUGUCCUUCUACUCACCCAUGUACGGCUUAUACGGCACCGAUGGGAUGAUGCACCUUGUUGAAGAGAUGAGAAAUGCUUCGAGGGAUGCUCCGCGCGUGAUGGUCUGGUCAAUGAUUUUCUGCAGCAUCACCAGCUGGCUCGCCGCGCUCUUGAUGCUUUGGACGGCUGGCAACUGGGAAGAGUACAUGCUCGUUCUCCAUCUAGCAUCCCAGCCCUACAUGAACUGGUGGAUGGACAUCUGCAACAGCGUGUACGGCGGCGGUGUCUUCUGCGCGCUGGUCAUGAUGGGCCUCAACUUCUUCAUCAUCGUCGGCACCAACAACGCGGGCUCCCGCCUCGCCUGGAGCAUGGCUCGCGACAAGGCGUUCCCUUACUCCGACUACUUUGCCCAUGUGAGCCAGAGGUUCCACAUUCCUCUGAGGGCCAUGAUUGCCAUCUUGGUCGUGGAUCUGGUGAUUGGUCUUAUUGUGCUGGGUAGCGAUCUGGCUUUUCAGUCGAUCAUUUCUGGCGGAGGCGUCACUUUGCAGAUUGGCUAUGUGACGCCUGUUAUCGUGGUCCUCGUGCGCGGGCGCAAAAUCCUCCCUCCACGCCCACACUUCGACCUCGGCCGAUGGGGGUACCCGAUCAACAUCGUGUCGGUGUGCUGGUCGCUGCUCAUCAUCGUCAUGUACCUGUGCCCGCUGUACGUGCCCGUCACGAUCCCGACCAUCGACUACAUGAACUGGUCUUGCCUGAUCGUCGGCGCCACCAUCCUUUUUCCCGGCAUCUACUGGGUCUGGCGCGCCCGGUUCCGGUACAUCCGCGACGGCAACUCCGUGCUCGAGGAUAAUCUCGUGUGGAUCGACGGCGUGGCUGUCGCGGGCGCGGAUGCGUUGAGUGGGCGUGGCCGUGGGGCCAAGGAGUCGUGA